CUGGCAGCGGAGCUGGUCCCCGGUCACAGCCAGUGUGGCAGCUGGGAAUGUGAGGACUCUCUCGGGCUGCUAUUCCGGGGUCCGGGGGGGACAGUCCCGGGGCUGGACGAAGAAGAACCAGGCUGACAUACGCAUCGAGGUCCGGCGUGGUGGACUUAAAGUCCCGAAUCCCACCACGUGAUCAGCGGGUGUCUGCGGUUCGUCUCCUGCGGGGCUGCGGGCUGAGGUGUUCGGAACUUGAACGUCUCAUCCGCUUCUUGAGGUUUUUGGUUCGACGGUCUCGCCGGGACGCCGGAGCCCUCCUGCGCGGAGCAGCCAUGGACUGACGACCUCCCGCGGACGAAGGAUAAUAAAUGAUCGAGGAGACGAUGACCCUGCUCUCCCUCCUAGGUCGCAUCAUGCGCUAUUUCCUCCUCCGCCCGGAGACCCUCUUCCUGCUCUGCAUCAGUCUCGCCCUGUGGAGCUACUUCUUCCACACGGACGAGGUGAAGACCAUCGUCAAGUCCAGCCGGGACGCGGUCAAGAUGGUGAAGGGGAAAGUGGCCGAGAUGAUGCAGAACGAGCGCUUCGGCGUCCUGGACGCGCAGUUCGCCAAGACGUGGGAGUCCAAGAGCAGCGACGUCGCCGUCUACUCCAUCCAGGGCCGGAGAGACCACAUGGAGGACCGCUUCGAGGUGCUGGCCGACCUCGUCAACAAGAGCCACCCGUCCAUUUUGGGCAUUUUUGACGGCCACGGUGGAGAGGCGGCUGCUGACUAUGCAAAGACUCACCUGCCUGAAGCGCUGCGCCAGCAGCUGCUGACCUACGAGCGGGAGAAAGAGCGGGAUAGAGAGAAGGAGAAGGAGGAGAGAAAAAAGAUGUCCUACACGUCCAUCCUGGAGCAGCAGAUUCUGGCGCUGGACCGGCAAAUGUUGGAAAAGCUGUCCUCCACAUACAAUGAAGCAGGCACCACAUGCCUGGUGGCCCUCUUGUCCGAUAAGGAGCUGACGGUGGCCAACGUGGGCGAUUCCCGAGGGGUGCUGUGCGACAAGGACGGCAACGCCAUUCCUCUAUCGCACGACCACAAGCCGUACCAGCUCAAGGAACGCAAGAGGAUCAAGAAAGCUGGCGGCUUCAUCAGCUUCAAUGGCUCGUGGCGCGUCCAGGGCAUCCUGGCCAUGUCCCGCUCUCUGGGCGACUACACCCUGAAGAACCUCAACGUGGUGGUCUCCGAUCCCGACGUCCUGUCCUUUGACCUGGACAAGGUGCAGCCCCGGUUCAUGAUCCUGGCCUCGGACGGCCUGUGGGACACCUUCAGCAACGAGGAAGCCGUGCGCUUCGUCCAAGAGCGCCUGGACGAGCCUCACUUCGGCGCCAAGAGCAUCGUCCUCCAGUCUUACUACCGCGGUUGCCCCGACAACAUCACAGUCAUGGUGGUCAAGUUCAAAGGGAAGGCUGGUGAGCAGUAAAAUAACCGACCCUGACACUUUUUGUGGGAUUUCUAUUACAGACGAGUGGGCCGCCCCUUAUUAUUUAUUUGCUUUCAAAGUGUGCAGUAAGGAUGUCCGUCAAGCUUGGAAGUGAUUGUGUCGCAUUGAAGCAAAAAAGAAGUGCACUACUUGGCUGCACUAGAUGCAAAUUCAUGCUUUCUGCUGUCCCAUUGAAAAUAACACAACACUUGCUUGUUAGUACGAGCAUCUUAAAAGUAUUUUUUUUUUAAUUGACCAAUUCUCUUCAUGUCCUUAGACACAUUUUCUAAUGGAUUUAAAUCUAGUCCUAGACUUUAAACCUCUUCUAAAGUACUUGCCCUUGUUUUGUUGACGUCAGUGUACUACGGGAGGUCGAGUAACUUGAUGCUGCAAUCAUCAGAUGUUCUAUCUGAAUGAUUGACGGCUUGGUUACAGCUGCAGAUCCCCAUUACUGCGUUGUACAUUUAAAUAUCUUACAAAAACCCACAACACCCGAAAGCAGCGAAGUUGUCUCGGUUUGUAAAUGGUAAAUAAAAAGAGAAUACAAUGAUUUGCAAAUCCUUUUUAACGGGGGCAUUUUUACCACUGUGUUACAUGGCCUUUCCUUUUAACAACCCCCAGUAAAUCUCAGGUUCCAACACUGAUGGCAUCUAUUAAACAGGCAAAGAAGCAAGGAAUUAAACAGAGACAAGAUUUAAUUUGGCUCAAUUGAGGAGAAACGUGUAGACCUGUACCCUUGUACAGUGUCGUCCCACGCUCUGACGUGAAGUGAAGUGAAUUAUAUUUAUAUAGCGCUUUUUCUCUAGUGACUCAAAGCGCUUUACGUAGUGAAACCCAAUAUCUAAGUUACUUACAUUCAAACCAGUGUGGGUGGCACUGGGAGCAGGCGGGUAAAGUGUCUUGCCCACGGACACAACGGCAGUGACUAGGAUGGCGGAAGCGGGAAUCGAACCUGCAACACUCAAGUUGCUGGCUGAGCUAAACCGCCCCACAAAACAUUGUACGCCUCCUCUUUUAUUUGGACGUUCCCUGAUUACAUGGCAACAGCUGUUUUCUAAAGGAAGGAGCGGUCGUAAACAGCUGUCGCUUUUGGUUACAACAGCUCAAAGAAAAGGUGCCUGGAGGGGGAGUCAGGUCCUGCUUCCUCUCUGCUUCGGAGACCUCGGGUCAAGGUUACAAUACGUCAAAGAAACCGACACCAUGUCGAAUUCGAUCCUACACAGUGGCGUUUUACAAACAUUUUGAUUGGUAAGAUCAAAGACAGCUUUUGUCUGCUCGCCGGGAACUCAUUGAAACACAAAAUUAACUUAGAUACAAUUAUUCUGACAGUAAACGUUUGGGAACUGAGGAGACACAUUUUCUGAAGUGAAAUUCUUUCUCAUUCUUGCUUGUUGUGAUGCUUAAGUUGUGCUAUUUUAGGCUUCAUAAUGCGCCACACAUUUUCAACGGAAGACAGGUACGGCCUACAGGCAGGCCAGUCUAGUACCCGCACUCUUUUACUACGAAACCACGCUGUUGUAACACAUGGCUUGGCAUUGUUUUGCUGAAAUAAGCAGGGGCGUCCAUGAUAACGUUGCUUGGAUGACAACAUAUGUUGCUCCAAAACCUGUAUGGACCUUUCAGCAUUAAUGGUGCCUUCACAGAUGUGUAAGUUACCCAUGCCUUGGGCACUAAUACACCCUAAUACCAUUACACAUGCUGCCUUUAUAACUGUGCGCUUAGAACAGUCCGGAUGGUUCUUUUCCUCUUUGUUCCGGAGGACAGGACAUCCACAGUUUUCAAAAACAAUUUGAAAUGUGGACUCGUCAGACCACAGAACACUUUUCCACUUUGCAUCAGUCCAUCUUAGAUGAGCUCGGGCCCAGCGAAGCCGUCGGCGUUUCUGGGUGUUGUUGAUAAAUGGCUUUGGCUUUGCAUAAUAGAGUUUUAACUUGCACUUAUAGAUGUAGCGACCAACUGUAGUUACUGACAGGGGUUUUCUGAAGUUUUCCUGAGCCCAUAUGGUGAUAUCCUUUACACACUGAUGUCUAUUUCUGAUGCAGUGCCGCCAGCUCGGACCUUAAAUAUCUUGUCUUUGCAGUCUAUACAAUUGAAUAUGAGUUGAAAAGUAUCUAAUACACCCCCAUACCAUCACAGAUGCUGGCUUUUCAACUGUGCGCUUAGAACAGUCCCGAUGGUUCUUUUCCUCUUUGUUCCGGAGGACAGGACAUCCACAGUUUCCAAAAACAAUUUGAAAUGUGGACUCGUCAGACCACAGAACACUUUUCCACUUUGCAUCAGUCCAUCUUAGAUGAGCUCGGGCCCAGCGAAGCCGUCGGCGUUUCUGGGUGUUGUUGAUAAAUGGCUUUGGCUUUGCAUAAUAGAGUUUUAACUUGCACUUAUAGAUGUAGCGACCAACUGUAGUUACUGACAGGGGUUUUCUGAAGUUUUCCUGAGCCCAUAUGGUGAUAUCCUUUACACACUGAUGUCUAUUUCUGAUGCAGUGCCGCCAGCUCGGACGUUAAAUAUCUUGUCUUUGCAGUCUAUUCAAUUGAAUAUAAGUUGAAAAGGAUUUGCAAAUCAUUGUAUUCUCUUUUUAUUUAGUAUUUACACAACGUGACAACCUCACCGGUUUUGGGUGUUGUAGAUUGUUCAAUCCUUCAUUUUGACUGCGUCUACUUUAAAGUGGACCUGGUGUCCACGUUAACGUCACACUAAAGGGCCGCACUCGACAGGUAUCGUUUCUUCUCGCGUGACGGCACUAUAGAAAUGAAUCUUGGAAGUACUUUAGAGUAGUCAGUGUACCGCUUGUGUUGCUGAAAAUAAGUCAACACAUCCUUUGUCGUCUUAAUCGCUGGCAACACAAGUUCACAUUUUUAACAGGUAGUAUAAGUCUACACUGCAAGAUAAGGUGUACGUUGACUACUCUAAAGUAAAUCCAAGUGUUAUUUCUAUAGUAGUGUUGCUUGGGAAGCUCUACUCACUUUGCUGAGAUAGUGUGAGUCAAUUAGGUUCUGGCUGAGGAAAAUAAAUAUUGUGGAGUUCCAUGCAGCAAUACAAGCAUGUCAUGUUGAGGAAGGAGGUGUUGAUAAUAGUAUGGGACUGCAACAUCGAUUCAUUCUUUUGGACGUUUUAGUUCAGAAUAUUUCAUGGAUGCCUGAUAUUUUGUUUUUUAUUUUUUUGUUUGAUGGCUUUUAAAACUCUAGAUUGAUCAGACUUUGGGACCCGUGCACCGAGAACAGUCCACGUCACCCCCAUUUGAUCCAGUCUUCAUUGGCUUCCACUCUAAUUCAGUUCAAGAUUUUAGUCCUGACUUCCCGUGCGUUGCAUGGUGGGGCCCCUCAGUACAUGACUUGUUAGGCCCCUACUCUUCAGUUGCAUGAUGGGGCCCCUAAAGUACAUCACUGACAUGUUAUGCCCCUACUCUUCAGUUGCAUGGUGGGGCCCCUCAAUACGUCACUGACUUGUUAUGCUCCUACUCUUCAAUUGCAUGGUGGGGCCCCCUCAGUACAUCACUGACUUGUUAUGCCCCUACUUUGUUAUGCCCCUACUCUUCAGUUGCGUGGUGGGGCCCCCUCAGUACAUUCUGACUUGGUAUGCCCCUACUUUUCAGUUGCAUGGUGGGGCCCCUCAGUACAUCACUGACUUGUUAAUUCCCUACUCAUCAGUUGCAUGGUGGGGCCCCCUCAGUGCAUCACUGACUUGUUAUGCCCCUACUCUUCAGUUGCAUGGUGGGGCCCCCUCAGUACAUCACUGACUUGUUAGGCCCCUACUCUUCAGUUGCAAGGUGGGGCCCCUAAGUACAUCACUGACUUGUUAAGCCCCUACUCUUCAGUUGCAUGGUGGGGCCCCUCAGUACAUCACUGACUUGUUAUGCCCCUACUCUUCAGUUGCAGGGUGGGGCCCCUAAGUACAUCACUGACUUGUUAAGCCCCUACUCUUCAGUUGCAUGGUGGGGCCCCUCAGUACAUUACUGAUUUGUUAUGCCCCUACUCUUCAGUUGCAAGGUGGGGCCCUUAAGUACAUCACUGACUUGUUAUGCCCCUACUCUUCAGUUGCAUGGUGGGGCCCCUCUGUACAUGACUUGUUAUGCUCCUACUCUUCAGUAUCAUGGUGGGGCCCCUCAGUACAUCACUGACUUGUUAAGCCCCUACUCUUCAGUUGAAUGGUGGGGCCCCCUGAGUACAUCACUGACUUGUUAAGCCCCUACUCUUCAGUUGCAAGGUGGGGCCCCUAAGUACAUCACUGACUUGUUAAGCCCCUACUCUUCAGUUGCAUGGUGGGGCCCCUCAGUACAUGACUUGUUAGGCCCCUACUCUUCAGUUGAAAGAUUUGGGCCCCUGAGUACAUCACUGACUUGAUAUGCCCCUACUCUUCAGUUGCAUGAUGGGGCCCCUCAGUACAUCACUGACGUGUUAAGCUCCUACUCUUCAGUUGCAUGGUGGGGCCCCCUCAGUACAUUGUGACUGGGUAUGCCCCUACUCUUCAGUUGCAUGGUGGGGCCCCCUCAGUACAUCGUGACUUGGUAUUUCCCUACUCUUCAGUUGCAUGGUGGGGCCCCCUCAGUACAUUCUGACUUGUUAUGCUCCUACUCUUCAGUUGCAUUGUGGGGCCCCUCAGUACAUGACUUGUUAGGCCCCUACUCUUCAGUUGAAAGAUUUGGGCCCCUGAGUACAUCACUGACUUGAUAUGCCCCUACUCUUCAGUUGCAUGGUGGGGCCCCCUCAGUACAUUGUGACUUGGUAUUCCCCUACUCUUCAGUUGCAUCGUGGGGCCCCCUCAGUACAUUGUGACUUGGUAUUUCCC